UAAUAAAAUAGAUAGAAGUUGAAAGAGUAUUGACUUCAACGAACUCAUCUCUCUCAUACAGAAAUUCACCACUUCUCGAUCCGUAACGUGAUUAGCAAGACACCCUUCUCAGUUUUUCGUCCUCUUCUUUUGCUUUUGGAGAUGAAGAAAUUCGUGUCUGCCACAAAUGUUAAGGUUAGCAACAAUAUACCUGAAGAUCUUGUCUUCUCUGUCCUUUCAACAUUACCUCUAAAAUCUUUGAAGCGAUUUGGAUGCGUACGUAAAUCAUGGGCCUUUUUGUUUGAAAACCUUCAUUUCAUGACCAUGUAUCGCAACUAUUUCCUUUCUAAUAAUCAUUCUUAUUAUGAUGGCACUUCUAUCCUCCUAAACCUUACAAAUAAUCCUUUGCCCGGUGAAGCAUUUUACGAUACUUUGUAUAUACUUUCUGGUGAGAGGUUUGAGAUUAUGGUCAAAUUAGAUUGGCCUCCUCCAUUUGAUGAGGAUGAUCGUUUUAUUGAUAUUUUGAGUCAAACUAGUGUUAAUGGGACUCUCUGUCUUGCAAAAGAUUGUGACCCAAAAUGUGUAUUUUGGAACCCCAAUACAGAUGAAUUCAAAGUCAUUCCAUCCAGCCCUUUUCUGUCUCAAUUGUCUCAAUCACGUUAUGUAGACCCUAUAGUUUAUUUUAAUGGUUUUGGUUAUGAUCGUGUUAGUGAUGAUUAUAAAGUGAUUUGGUGGUUAACUUACUAUCCAAUAACGGAUGUAGAUGAGCCAUGGGAUGAAGAUUUAUCUCUCGACAAUACUGGUGUAGAUGAGCCAAAGGAAGAAUAUUUAGAUGUUGACCGUAUGUGGGAGAUAUAUAGUCUAAGAAGUAAUUCUUGGAGGAAACUUGAUAUUGAAAUGCCAUGUAGACAUGCAAAUGAGAAAUUGUACAUGGAUGGAGUGUGUCAUUGGUGGAGUAUACUAGAUGGCAGUAAUUGUUAUGAGGUUGAGCCAUGCUUGGUGUCAUUUGACUUGUGUAAUGAGGUGUGUCUUACAACACCGUUGCCCUCAGAUAUAGUUGAACGUUAUUCUCUUUUGCAUUUGACAUUGUUAAAUGGGUUCAUCGCUUUCAUAAUAUAUGAUGAAACAACUACUUUUCACAUAAGAAUCUUGGGUGAACUUGGUGUGAAGGAAUCAUGGGUUGAAGUCUUUGUUGUUGAGCCAUUACUUGGCAUUGAACGUCCAAUCGGAGCAGGGAAGAAUGGUCAUAUAUUCUUCAGAAAAGAUGAUAAUGAAAUAGUCUGGUUUGAUUUGAAUACCCAAAUGAUUGAAGAGCUUGGUGUUAAAGGAAACAAGUAUUAUGGUUGCCAGAUAAUAAUUUAUAAGGAUACUCUUCUCCCAAUUGGAGGUUUAUGACUUUGGUUAGAAGUAUUUUACCUUGUAUUUUUAUUGCCUUCUUAUGUCCAUAAAUUAUAAUUGCUAUUAAGUACAUUACAAAUCUAGAAGCUAUCUGAUGA